ACUCAAUUUUAAAUGGUGGUCUAUUGAGUCUAUUUCACCAUUUCGUCUACGAUCUAUACGAACCUUUUAUAGAGAACCCUCGUUUGUUUUAGAUACCUCAUUUCAUUCCAGAUUAAUUAAUUAAAUCUUCAUUACAGAUAAGUUGCUCUGUUAUUGAGUAUUCCGCAGUUGAAAAUGCCGCCUCUGGAGGUGACUGCAAAUACCAAUAAUGAAGAACCAGGUCCCAUCAACCCUGUGGUGGGUAUUAUCUAUCCGCCACCCGAGGUGAGGAACAUUGUUGACAAAACUGCCAGUUUUGUAGCGAGAAAUGGCCCCGAAUUCGAGGCUCGCAUCAGACAAAAUGAACUUGGGAACCCUAAAUUCAACUUCUUGAACACUGGAGAUCCAUAUCAUGGCUAUUAUCAGCAUAAGGUCAAGGAUUUCAGGGAAGGGAAAGGUCAGGAUCCGUCCGGGUUGAACCAGGCCGUCUCGAAACUGUCGGUGACCCCGGCUGCCCAGCAAAAGCAGCAGGAGAUCCUGAAGCAGGUAGAGCAGCCCUUCGUGCCCAAAGAACCGCCUCCUGAAUUUGAAUUUAUCGCCGAUCCGCCCUCCAUUUCGGCGCUAGACUUGGACAUAGUAAAACUGACUGCCCAAUUCGUAGCCAGAAAUGGCCGAGCUUUCUUGACCCAGCUGAUGAACAGAGAGCAGAGGAACUUUCAGUUCGACUUCCUGAGGCCUCAGCAUUCUCUGUUCCAGUAUUUCACCAAACUGCUGGAACAAUAUACCAAGGUUCUCAUUCCACCAAAAAGUAUGCAGCAGCGCCUCAGAGAUGAAGCGAAGAGUGCAAAUUCUGUUCUGGAACAAGUGAAAUACCGAGCAGAGUGGCUGAAAUACCAGGAAGCACAAAAAGCUAAAGAAGAAGAAAUUCUGGAAAGGGAGCGAGUCGCCUACGCCCAAAUUGAUUGGCACGAUUUCGUGGUGGUGGAAACGGUCGACUAUCAGCCGUUCGAAAUCGGAAAUUUCCCCCCUCCAACUACUCCCGAAGAAGUGGGGGCGAGGAUCCUCAUACAAGAGAGGAUUGAAGAUGGGGAAGACAUUGAGAUGCAGCUGGAGAGCGAUGACGAAGAAACGCCGGCGACUGAGGAAGGCCUGAGCGUGAUGCAAGACAAGACGACCGCCGGCGGAACCGGCCCUCGCAAGGGACGCGACGACAACCGCGUCCAGGACAUGGAGGAGGCCUCCUCCUCCUCUGAAGAAGACGAGGACGAGAUGCCCAGACCGCCGCCGCCGCCCUCCGUACAGCCACCGCUGCCGCCGGCGCCCGACAAGGUGCUGGUCAAGAAGUACGAUCCCAAGCAAGCCAUCAAAGUGACAAGACCGACAGUAGGCGACGACUAUCUGGUGUCGCCCAUUACUGGGGAGAAAAUCCCCGCAAGCAAAGUGCAGGAGCACAUGCGCAUCGGUCUGUUGGACCCUAGGUGGGUCGAGCAGCGCGACAAGCAGGUGAUGGACAAAAUGAACCAAGAAACAGUAUACGCAGCCGGUUCGGCCAUCGACGCCUCCUUGAAGCUGCUGGCCGAGCGUCGUACCGACAUCUUCGGCGUCGGCGACGAGGAGACGGCCAUCGGAAAGAAGAUCGGCGAGGAGGAGGCGUCGCGGCGCGAGGAGAAAGUCACGUGGGACGGGCACACGUCGAGCGUGGAGGCGGCGACGAGGGCUGCCCGGGCGAAUAUCACGCUGGAGGAGCAGAUACACCAGAUACACAAGGUGAAAGGUUUGCUUCCAGACGAAGAGAAAGAAAAAAUCGGCCCCAAGAACAUCGGCUCAAAAUCGAGUGGAAAAAUCAUUAUACAGAGUGUCAUCACCUCCAAACCUCAGAAUGCACCUCCCCAGCCUCCCAAGCCCCCGGUCCCGAUGAUGCAAUCCCAACAGGCGCCACCCAUGUCGAUGCCGCCGCAACCGUCGAUGAUGGCUACCCAGCCGCCCCUCAUGAUGAUGCAGGCGCCGCCCAUGCCGCCCAUGAGACCGCCGCCCAUAAUGAUGACUGCCCCCCCACCGAUGGCGGGGUACGUGACUCCAAUGCAGCCACCCCCGCAGAUGGGAGGCCCGCCGCCUAUGAACGUGCAGCAGAUGAAACAUCCGAACGACGGGCCCGCGGACGAGGAACCGAGCAACAAGAAGUUGCGGAACGAGGACUCGCUGGUGCCCGAAGAGGUCUUCAUGUCGAGGAAUCCGGGUCCGGUGUCCGUGAAGGUCGCCAUUCCGCACAUGCCGGAAAAGUCCGAAUGGAAGCUGGUCGGCCAAAUGUUCAACUUGACUUUGCCUCUGUCGGAGAGUGUCGGCAACUUGAAGGCCAGAGUGCAAGAGGAGACCAACAUGCCGCCGGCCAAACAGAAGUUGUUCUUCGACGGAAUGUUCUUCAAAGAUUCAAACACAUUGGGUUAUUACAAUGUAACUCAAGGGGCAAUUAUUCAACUGCAAAUCAAGGAGAGAGGUGGAAGAAAAAAAUAAUUCAGUUUUGGAAAAAUAUUCAUUUUAUUCGUAAUAAUUAUUAAUGAUUUUUAAAUUCCAGAGGUGAACAGGAAUGGAAUCGUGUACAAUCACAAAAAUUUAACUGUUCAUUUUUUUUUUGAUUCUUUGAAAUGUUUGAACUAAGUGUGCAAAAAAAUUAUAUUGGAAUUUCUUUCCUGAAUUCUUUUGGAUUUUCUUAAAAAUUCACUUUGGAAUUCCAAUCAUAUUUAGAAUAUUUUUAUUUCCUGGAUAUUUCUUGAAAUUCUUCAAAAAAUGGAAUUCUUUGAAAAUUUGUCAAAAUUCUUCCAGUGAAAUUUGUUUGAAUUCCUUCAGGAUUUCUCAAAGUUCUUCAAAACUUGUUUGUUUUUCCUUGAAAUUUUGUUGCUUCUCUAAAAAUUCCUUGACAUUUCUUUGAAUUUUCUCAAUGUCUUCAAAUUCCUUGAUGAAUUCUAUGAAAUGCCUCAAAAAAUUCGGUGAAAUUUCUUAUUGUGACAUUCCUUGGGGUUUCAUUGGAAUCUCGAGGAAUUACCUUGAUAUUUCUUGAAAUUCUAGUCCUUUGAAAUUAUUCAAAAUUUCAUCGAACUUCAUUAGAUUUCCUUUGAUAUUUCUUGAAAUUUUCUGUAAUUCUUCAGAAAAAAUUCAUCAAAUUUCCUUGAGAUUCUUGAUCAAAAUUCCCUAGAAUUUCUCUGUUUGUCCUUGAAAUCCUUUAGAAUUUCAUUGUAUUUUNNNAUGAAUAUCAUGAAAUGAGGCUUCAAAAAUUAAAACCAACACAUGUUUUUGGAAUUAUUCAAAAGUCACCCGUUUCUGAAAUAAAUUUAUGCCAUACAUUUGCAUCAUACUGUAAAGAAAGAAUAUUAGCUCCUGCUGAACCAUCUCGGAAACUAAUCUUGGGUUGAGAAAUGUCUUCUUUCGUAUUGUAUUUUCCUAUUACUCUACAUUCGUUUCAUUGAAUCAAUAUGGUAAUUCGUAUAUGCUGUAGAUAAUCCUAAUGAAAUGAAAUUCCUAUAAUGUUUCGAAAUGUUCCUACAGGUACAUUGUAUAUAUAGGUAUUCUGUUAUGAGCUAUAUCCUGAAUUUUCUCAAAACCUUGUGUUUGGAAAACUGAGUGACAUACGAAAACAUGCUUUUCUACAUUUUCAUCUCAAAAUCGGGCGAUGAUUCGCUACUCUCAUUUUGUCAGAGAGGUUAAGAAACACCCUGUGUAUACAUCUAUGGAAAAUGUUCUUCAGAAAUCUGUUCUGUCAGUCAAACAAACUAGACAAGUGCAGUCAGCACAUCUUUUCGUCGUCUACCUCGAAAUAUGUCGAACAGCUCUCUAUCAAAACUUGUUCGCCUAUAAAAUGUCGAAUUUUUGGAUUUCUUCGCCAAAGGAGCAAAUAUGAAAAAAUAACAAAAUAACUGUA